CAACACUGGUUGGUUAGAUGUCGUUUCGCCAUUGUCGAUUGAGGAUGCGAUCGUUAGAAUUAUGUGCGCCUUUUAUUGAUAUAAUGUGACUUAUGUUACUGUAAUGCGCUUUUAUUUCAUGAAGAGCUGUCGUUGCUUCAUAACAGUUCAGAAAUUUCGUAACGGGGGAAGCCAGGCGAGGCCGAAGGGGCAUGAAUAUGGCGAACGUAGAGCCUGUUGAGGAGGAAAGGCCUAAAAAAUAAUAUUUCUCGCUAAUUGCUGUUCAAGUGUCGGCAUGAAUCGAGAGGGAUGGAAGAGAAAGCCCGAAGGGUCAAACAACCCAUCCCAGCGACCCCAGGGCACCCAGGGAGACGCUUUCGUGUCAGAGUUUCGGGGCCGCUGCGCAGAGGGCCGGAGUGUGUCUCCGAGCUCGACACCCACCCCAAACUCUACAUCUGCCUUGGCAAGCCUAUUCGAGUGCCCCGUCUGCUUCGACUACGUGCUCCCCCCAAUCUUGCAGUGUCAGAACGGCCACUUGGUUUGCUCUACCUGCCGUCAAAAGCUCACUUGUUGUCCAACCUGUCGUGGACCUAUGGGCAACAUCCGAAACCUGGCAAUGGAAAAAGUAGCUAAUUCGGUAUUCUUCCCGUGUAAAUACUCUUCCAAUGGGUGCGCCGCAUUGUUGUCCCACUCGGAGAAGCCCGAGCACGAGGAAACCUGCGAAUUUAGGCCAUACCCGUGCCCGUGCCCAGGCGCUUCCUGCAAGUGGCAGGGCUCGCUCGACGAGGUCAUGACUCACUUAAUGCACUCUCACAAGUCAAUCACCACACUCCAAGGUGAAGACAUCGUUUUCCUCGCCACGGACAUCACGCUACCCGGCGCGGUCGACUGGGUCAUGAUGCAGUCCUGUUUUGGCCACCAGUUCAUGUUGGUCCUCGAGAAGCAGGAAAAAUACGACGGCCACCAGCAGUUCUUCGCCGUCGUGCAGCUGAUUGGUUCGCGCAAGCAGGCCGAGAAGUUCAUCUACCGGCUCGAGCUCAACGGACACAAGCGUCGACUGACGUGGGAGGCCACUCCGCGGAGCAUCCACGAGGGGAUACAGGCAGCCAUCAUCAACAGCGAUUGCCUGGUGUUCGACACGAGCAUCGCUCACCUGUUCGCGGAUAACGGGAACCUCGGCAUCAACGUCACCAUCUCGUUUGCGUGAAGACAACGGGAAGACGCUAGUUGAGUGUAACCUAACUGUGAAAGACUACUGAAUACUGUAUUGAAGUGAGUUGUGACAUGAACUUGCAGUUUUCCGACUGCUGAGUUCUUCCGCGGUACGCAGUGCUUUGGAUUAUGUGCAUAGACGAGGAAGAGACUGACCGUCCACCUUGGACGCGGAGCUUACUGCUCGUACAUGAGAGGUGCUGCUGUUUACACUUGUGAUCGACGUUACUGGCAUUAUAAACGAGGGGGAAAACCUGCUGUACGAGGUUAGAAAGUUAAUUUCAGACUCGUGAUUGAUGCUGAAAAUGUUCUUCUGAAGAUCUUCGA